AUGAGUGCUGGACUCGCACCGCCCCCCAAGUCUGUCCUUGGUCGACACCGAUUGCUGGCCCCAACAGCCUCAGUGUUCGUCAGCCCGUUAUGUCUCGGUGCAAUGAAUUUCGGAGAGGCCUGGAAGUCUUUCCUGGGCGAAUGCAGCAAAGAGACCGCCUUUGAAAUGCUGGACUACUUUUAUGAACAAGGCGGCAACUUCAUUGACACUGCCGUGAACUACCAGGCCGGGGAGUCUGAGCAAUGGCUCGGGGAAUGGAUGCAGAAGCAUGGGAGGCGAAACGAAGUCGUCCUCGCCACCAAGUACACUGGCCCGUUCAAUCACGCCCUUGGAACCUCCGUCCAUCAAAGCAACUACGGCGGGACGGGUUCCAAGAGCAUGUACGUCAGUCUCGAGUCGAGUUUGAAGAACUUGCAGACGGACUACAUUGACCUUUACUACGUGCACGUCUGGGACUUUACAACUGGUAUCCCCGAGUUGAUGCAAUCCUUGAACCAUCUCGUCCAACAACGGAAGGUAUUGUACCUCGGAGUCAGUGACACUCCCGCUUGGGUCGUCGCUCAAGCCAACGCCUAUGCGAGGCAACACGGACUGCGGCAGUUCAGCGUUUACCAGGGGCGAUGGAGCGCUGCGGAACGAGAUUUUGAACGAGAGAUCAUUCCCAUGUGCAAGAGCGAGGGAAUGUCUCUAGCGCCAUGGGGGGCCUUGGGUGGCGGACUGUUCCGCUCUCCAGAUGAAGGAGAGAAGCAAGGCGGCCGGAACAUGCCAUCCAUUGUCACUGGUAAAGAAGGCUCGGUUUCAGUCGUGCUCGAUCGUAUUGCAAAGAAGAAAGGGGUCCCGAUCACCAGCAUAGGAUUGGCCUAUGUCAUGCACAAAGCCCCAUACGUCACCCCGAUUGUCGGUGGUCGCAAGGUCGAACAUCUCAAAUCGAACAUCGAGGCGCUGACCAUCCAGCUGUCUCCGGAAGAGAUCGAUGAGAUCGAGACUGGCUACGACUUCCAGCUCGGCUUCCCGCAUAACUUCCUGCGCGGCGCGAACAAGGCUCCACAAGGACCCGAGGAUGUCAAGUUCACUCGAAGCCGUGUUCACGCGGAUUUUGUCAAAGGACCGCAGCCAAUCGCGCCUCACCAAGGGCCACUGGACUCGUGA